AUGUCAACUUGGCAACAACAUGCAUUGUCUAAUACUGUAACAAGCAAUACGAGUCAAUCCGCAACUAAUCAUACCACGACCGAUGGAUUAAAAACAAGCGAAAGAUCUAAUGGAUUGGGUGAAAUCAAUCACACCUCAGCCCUAUCCGGUGAUUUCGGUAAAUUAUACAAUCAAUCGGAUUACAGCGAUAUUGAAUUAAUUGUCGAAUCAGAACGUUUCUGUGCACAUCGAGUUAUUCUUGCAGCGCGAUCGGAAUACUUUCGUGCGUUACUCUACGGUGGUUUACGCGAGUCUCAACAUGAUAAUCGAACAAUUGAAAUAAAAGAAUGUAAAGCAGCAGCAUUCAAACUUCUUUUACAAUAUAUUUAUACGGGAAGAAUUAGUUUGAUCAAAGAAAAAGAAGAUGUUCUAAUCGAUUUACUCGGAUUAGUUCAUCAGUAUGUAUUUGAAGAAUUAGAAAAUAGUUUAUCAAUCUAUUUGAAAUCCAUUCUCUCAUUGAAUAAUGUCUGUGUUAUUUACGAUACAGCAUGUCUGUAUGAAUUGCACGCUCUCCAACAACAUUGUGCACAAUUUAUUGAUAACUAUGCAACAGAAAUUAUAAAAACCAGUGAAUUUCUUGCACUAUCAGCGGAAGCGUUCGCAUCUAUUAUCUCACGUGAUUCGUUUCAUUGUCCGGAAAUCGAGAUUUUCUACGCAGUUAAAAACUGGCAUGAAUACCAUCAUCGUGAUCAAAGUGAAAAUUUGAAACCAGCUAACGAGAUUGUAUCAAAAGUUCGUUUAACAUUAAUGACUAUGAGUGAACUAUUGAAAAUCGUACGCUAUUCAAAUUUAUUUAAUCUCAACCAUAUUAUGGAUGCAAUUGAUGCCAUCCAUUUGGAAUCAAAUACGUCGCCAGAUACAAAUAGUGAAACUCGAAUUAAGAACUAUCGAGGACGAUUGCGAAUUAAUGAAAAUAUUGCAACAAAAGCUUAUCUUGCACAAGUUAUCACAGGAGAAAUGAAGCAUACGUUACUGGAUGGAGAUACAAUCAAUUACGAUCUAGAUCGUGGUUAUACGAGACAUGUGAUUGAUGAUACUCACAAUAUCUGUGUAAAAUUAGAUGGACCUUCGAUCAUAAAUCACAUUCGACUACUUCUUUGGGAUAAAGAUACUCGUGCCUAUUCCUAUUGCGUCGAAGUAUCGGUUGACAAUAUCAAUUGGACACGUAUUAUUGACUAUCGACUGUAUUUAUGUCGUUCAUGGCAAAAAUUGUAUUUUCCACCUAUUGUUACAACAUACAUUCGUGUUGUGGGCACUCAUAAUACUGUGAACAAAGUCUUUCAUCUUGUUUCUAUGGAAGUUUAUUAUAUGCAAAAGUCAUUUGCUUUGAUGGGAGAUAUUCAUGUUCCAACGGAAAAUGUCGCAACAAUAGAAGGCAGUGCAGUUGUGUCUGAAGGUGUAAGUCGAAUAAGAAAUGCCUUGAUCAAUGGUGAUUACCAGUCGUACGAUUGGGAUUCAGGCUAUACAUGUCAUCAAAUUGGCUCUGGUGGAAUUAUUAUACAAUUAUGUCAACCGUAUAUCAUCAGCUCGAUGAGAUUGUUACUAUGGGAUUGUGAUAAUCGAUCAUAUUCAUACUAUAUUGAAACGUCUUAUGAUAAUGCAACAUGGACUAAAAUUGUUGAUAAACGAACGCUCGCUUGCCGUUCAUGGCAAAUACUAACAUUUUCGCCUCGAAUCGUUGGUUUUAUUCGAAUAUGUGGCACACAUAAUACUGCGAAUGAAGUUUUCCAUUGCGUUCAUUUUGAAUGUCCAUGUCAACCUGACGUAUUGAAGGCACAUAUGAAAGAAGAGUUGUUAACUUCGACAAGCGAAGAAAAGGAAGAGAAUAGUGUCGAUUAUGAGCAAUUUUACGAACAAUAUGAGAAGUUAUUGAAUACAUCGACAAAUGAUUCUUUAGCUGAUCGGAAUACUUCUCUGCAAACUUACACUAUCCUACCGUUUAUGACUAAAUCAAAUUCAACUGCCGUCUUUGCAAUCGAACAAGAGAAUGUUGAACAACAUUGA